AAAGUGAAAGCAGAGCGAUGAAGAAUUAGGGCAGAGGAAAAGAAAAAGCAAAUCCUUUGCCCUUAACCCAAUGCCCCUAAAGGCAUCUACCCUUUAACCCCCAGCUUGUCCUUUUGCCCGUACAGACCCGUGCUUUCUCCUCCACAUGCCUCUGCACCUCCCCCACUCUCCACUCCCACUUGUUAAAUAGCUCCCCCCUCACCCUUUCCUCCCUCCAUCUCCAUCGCAGCUUUCUUCUUCUUCUUCUUCAUCAUUUUCUUCUUCUACACUGUUCUUUGUCUUUGGGAAAUGGCUUUGAAGAAGACGAGCAAGUUGUCGCAAGCGGCGGUUUUGAAGCAGAUACUUAAGAGAUGUUCGAGCUUGGGGAGAAAACAGGGGAUGGGUGGUGGAGGAGGGGAAGAGGAAGGGCUGCCUCUUGAUGUUCCAAAGGGGCACUUUGCAGUUUAUGUGGGCGAGAAGAGGAGCAGAUUCAUCGUCCCCAUCUCUUUUCUAACUCACCCUGAGUUUCAAACUCUGUUGCGGGCUGCUGAGGAGGAGUUUGGUUUUCACCAUGAUAUGGGCCUCACGAUCCCCUGUGAGGAAGUUGUCUUUCGUUCCCUGACUUCCAUGCUGAGCUAACGAGCGGAAAGAGUCUUGGGUCUUCUUCUGUCUCCGUGAUGCUAUUCUGCGG